AUGAAUUUUGGCUUCACGCAAGAGCAAGUGGCUUGCGUAUGUGAAGUCCUACAACAAGGGGGCAACAUCGAGCGCUUAGGACGUUUCCUCUGGUCCCUGCCAGCUUGUGACCACCUGCACAAGAACGAGAGCGUCCUGAAGGCCAAAGCGGUGGUGGCGUUCCACCGGGGCAAUUUCCGAGAGCUCUACAAGAUCUUGGAGGGCUAUCAGUUCUCUCCGCACAAUCACCCCAAACUUCAGCAACUCUGGCUCAAGGCUCACUACACCGAGGCGGAGAAGCUGCGUGGGAGGCCGCUGGGAGCUGUGGGGAAAUACCGGGUGCGUCGCAAAUUCCCUUUGCCUCGGACCAUUUGGGACGGGGAGGAAACCAGUUACUGUUUCAAGGAGAAAUCCCGGAGUGUGUUAAGGGAAUGGUAUAUGCACAACCCCUACCCAUCCCCUCGUGAGAAAAGAGAGCUGGCAGAAGCGACUGGGCUGACCACAACUCAGGUCAGCAACUGGUUCAAGAACCGGCGCCAGAGGGAUCGUGCGGCAGAGACCAAAGAGAGGGAAAACGUCGAGGGGGGCGUUCUGAAGGAAGCGCAUGGCCUGCCCCGAGACAAAGAGAUGAUCCCCAGCUCUGAGGACGAAAGCUCCCCCAUCGACAGCCCCUCCCUGCUCUACCCGGCCUUGCAGCUUUCGGUUCCUGAGGGAUCCUCCAUUCACAAUGCCCAACAGGUGGAUUACCUGCAGAACCAGCCCCCGCUCCACAAUGGCCUCCUGGGGUCCCUCACUUCCACUCUCAUAAACCUGGGGUCCUGAAACAGCACAAUAAGACACUGCGCCCUUCAGCGGGCUGCUCCUUUGUUCUAGCCCCUCCGCGUGUAAAUAUUCCCGUUUCCAACCGCGAGGAUCGUCGCAUCGUGUCUCUUUGUAAGAGGGAAACACGGUGGUACCACCAUAUUCUAUCACCAUUAUUUCAUACAAAGCAAAAACGGACCACGUUCCACGGGGGUGGUGGAAAAUGUCACAUGUUUUUUUUUUGCAACUGAGAGAAAAGCUGAAGCCAUCCGAUCUGAAAUUUCUUCUAUCCGCACAUUCCCUGACUGGCCAAAUUCUUGAUUUCUGCACUCUCUGUGCCCUAAAACAACGGCACGGAAAUCACUUCAUUGCAAAAACAACUACAGAGCCAAGCGAAAGUAAAGAGCAGACGGAGUAGCUAACAGCACAGAAUCACGAGUUUAAGGUCAGGGUGGGUGUCUGCAGCAGGAACAUCUGUUUAAAGUAGAAAGCACCCAAUUAAGAUUAAUUAGGACUUAGGCCUGGACAGCUGAGCACAUACAAACACUGAUUCCCCCAGAGAGAACAGAUGCGAGUUGCAUAUCACCGUGCCAAGAACCUUCAUGACUUGGAUAGAGAACCGGCGUUGGAGGGGAUUUCAAAUGGAACCAAGAAACGAAGGAGGUGGGGAAAUCCCGGUAUUGAUCCUCUGCUGGUGAUUCCUUUGGCAGAGAAGUCCAGCAAUAGGACUGGAAUAACCCUGGAAUAUCCCUCUUGAAAGGU